AUGUUCGGAUCUUUGGUUUUCAGGUUAGCAGAAGAUGUGUCUCCUGAAGAUCUGGUAUUCUGCAGUGACAGUAAGGAGACUGAGAAUAUGUUGCAUGGUGUUGAUGAUGAAGCUGUGGAAGAAAAGGGUGAUGAAUAUGAUUAUGAUGAUCUGAGUGAAGUAGUGUGCGAAGAUGAUUGUGAGCUUGUGGCUGAUGCAAGUGAUGCAAAGAUGGACACAUAA